CAGACCACCACCACUAGGGUUGCGGCCGCGCCUUCGGCGCUUGGUUGCCCCCUGGUCGUGGUUGGUGGUGGGCCGUUAUAAUAACUUACAGAACGUUCAGGAUGCCGCCGAGCGCCUGUGUGACCGGACCCUCCUCCUCCUCAGCCUCCUCCUCCUCAGCUUGCCUACGUAGUGCCACUUAGACUGUGACUGUCAAUUGUCUUAUUCGCCAAGCGUGCUCAGUGCUCACACCCAGGAGGCCCUAUGUUGCUAUUGUCUACGUCGGGCUGCAGCGACUAUAAAUGUCGUGCUUGUCCCUAUGCGCCUCCAUCAGCUUCGACCUCUUCAGCGCACUGAACGAUGCAAGAGUCCUCCGGCCUGGACCACAACCGCGGAAAAGCACCUGCAAAGGCUGCAAUUACCACUAGGACGCGCUGGGUAUCAGGACAGCUCAGCUCGGCCGAAUGCAUUUGGCGCGAUAGGCAACCAUGGCUUGAGGAGCGUGGAUACACGCUCCGUCCGAGAUACAGGCCGGACUGGAUACCAUCCUGGAAGGGAACAGACAUAUGGAGUCUUAUGUGCGAGGACGGACAAAUUCUCAUCCAUCAUAAUGUUCUUGACGCGACACGCAUCUCAGACGGGACUGUCGUCAUGCUCAAGAGCAUAGACAGUUCUAUACAUCCGCACGAAGUGGAGAUUGCCAAGACGCUCUGUUCAGAACCUCUGAAGUCGGAUACACGCAACCAUUGUGUGCCGACCAUUGAGGUGUUGCAGGAUCCGAAGGAGGAGGCGGUCUCUAUCAUCGUCAUGCCGUUUCUGCAGACCUACAACGAACCACGAUUCCAAACAAUCGGCGAGGCAGUAGAAUUCUUCCGCCAGGCAUUGGAGGGCCUGCAAUUCAUGCACGAGAAUCGCAUCGCUCAUUCCGAUAUUUCUCCCUUCAAUAUCAGGUUGGGUCCACUGCCGCUCUACGGUCCGACGCUAGCCCACCCGUCAGAUGCUAGGAAGACGCGAGACUACCGCAAAUGGGCGACGCCGUACACUCGGACUGAGCGUCCAACGAAGUACUACUACGUCGACUUCGGUUUGUCCAGAAGAUACAACCCCAAUGACGAGCCUCCGCUAGAGUUACCAGUCCUGGGUGGCGACAAGAGCGUCCCGGAACGUCAGGGCAACGGCCACGUCAAACUCGGUGAUCCAUUCGCCGCUGAUGUAUACUACCUUGGAUCCUGUAUUCUCCUUGAGUUCCUUGUGAAGUAUUCCGGGCUAAGGUUCAUGUACGAGCUGGUCGCAGGCAUGACCAUGAGCGACCCCCAGGAACGGCUAACCAUCGACCAAGCCGUAAGGCGCUUUGCGGCCGUCGAGAGCGAGCUUCCCCGGUGGCAGUGCCGCCAGCGCCUUGUCUCACGGAAGGAGAAGGAGACUCUGCUACAACGAGGCUUCCGGGGCUUCGGACACCUGCUUCGGACCACGUCGUAUGUCUUGCGUGGACUGCCUGCGGUACCUACCCCCGCCCCCCUUAGGUGACCCAUUGUCCUGCGAUCGUAGUAAAGUGGUUGUUAUAGGUAUACCCGUUGUGUUGUUCCGUUGUCCCUGUCUGCGUACCUUGCUACAUCCCAGCAUAGCAGCAAGCGCUCUUCAGACCUUGACGCCCGU